AUGAGAUAUGAAUUAAAACUAAAUCCCCUCUACAGAGCAGUCAUCGAAGUGAACCCAUAUGCAUUUCAUGAAGUUGAAAAAGCUGAUGAAGAGCGAAAGGCUAAUCCCCCCACGUCGCAUUUUGGGUUGCAUGGUAUCCCUAUUUUAGUCAAAGAUUUCAUUGCAACCAAAGAUAAGCUUAACACGACUGCAAAAUCAUACACACUUCUUAAGUCGGUGGAUCCUUGGGAUGUUGGUGUAGUGAAGAAGUUGAGAGAAUCAUGGACAAUUAUACUUGGGAAAGCAAGCUUGAAUGAGUAG